AUUAUUCACUAACUCUUACUGGAGCCUGCUAAUGACGUGUUCAUUUCAAUCAGGUGUGUUAAACAGACAGGAGUCUCCGAAAGAUUACGCUCUUUCUUCUAAGCACAGCCAAGUGGUGUGAAUCCCAAGAAAGUUUUGGAAUUCCCACCAGUCGUCACGAGAGCAGAGCUGAAGCAGAGCGCCGCUGCCCCCUAGCGGCUGCGCGGGGUAAUUCUUCCGCUUCCCUCCCACGGCAGGCAGAUGGGAUGCUGCUGGAGGAAUUUUCAAGGCGGGCUCUUCGUGGAGAGACCCAGGUGUUGGGACAACGUCCACGGGUGGCUAAUCACCACAGUGUUACAACACCUCAGCAUUACCUGCUGCCGAGCCAUUUUGGUCUCACUUAUCGACCAAACAGGCGGUGCAGCUCGAUAUUCUGUCUCUCUGUCCGCUCUGCUGGGUGCAGAAGAAGCCAGACGAAAGUUAGUGGAUGGCAGCGGCUCUUCUCCACAAGUUCACAAUGAAGACACGGGUUUUUCUCCUGGUGCUUGCUGUUUUCUCCUGUGCACUCGCACAGGUGGACGAAGGUGAAACAGACGAGCUGCAGGUCGAGACACUGGUGAAACCAGAAACUUGUUCAGUACUCUCCACAAUAGGAGACACGCUGAAAGUCCACUACACAGGAAAGCUGAUGGAUGGGCAGAUGAUCGACUCCUCACUGUCCCGGGAUCCUCUCGUUCUCGUGUUGGGGAAGAGGACAGUUAUUGCUGGUCUGGAGCAAAGCUUGAUUGGUGUUUGUGAAGGGCAAAAAAUAAAAGCCACCAUUCCUUCUCACCUUGCAUAUGGAAAAAAAGGAUACCCUCCUACAAUUCCAGGUGAUGCUACGCUUGAGUUCGAGGUGGAGGUGCUUUCUCUCUCACCGCAGGCGCAGUGGCAGAAGAUGAUCAACGACGUUUUCCCCCUGGUGUGUUUUGCCCUGGUGCCCACGCUGCUCGGCCUGGUGGGGCUUUACCUCUACAACAAGGCCAACGCCCAGAAGGCCAGCAAAAAGAAGUCCAAAGAUAAGAAGAGCAAGAAGAAAUGAGGUCCGGGCAGAGAAUUUAAUUUAAAUAAACUUUUUCAAGGACUUUG